AUGCCCAAGGCAGACAUCAACAAGGCAGGCUGGGAGCAGAGCGAGUUCCCGAUUCUAUGUGAAACAUGUCUUGGGGAUAACGCCUUUGUUCGCAUGUCGAAACAAGAGUUUGGUCGCUCUUGUGGCACAUGUGCCCGUCCAUUCACUGUGUUCCGCUGGAAUCCUGGUACUGGAAUGCGUUUCAAGACGACCGUAAUUUGUCAAACGUGCGCAAAAAUCAAGAAUGUCUGCCAGACCUGUCUUCUUGACUUGGAGUACGGACUUCCAACGCAAGUACGUGACACGGCACUGGGGGUGGAGAGCGAGGCUCCAACAAGUGAGAUCAACCGGGAGUACUAUGCUCAAAAUAUGGAGGGCAAGCUCGACGGAGCGAAAUCAUUGCUCGAUGUCAAUAGCAAGCAGUCCAGUGCGGGCAAGGAGAUGCUCAAGCAACUCGCGCGGACCGACCCGUACUACAAGCGGAAUCGCGCCCACAUUUGUUCCUUCUUUGCCAAGGGAGAGUGCAAUCGUGGAGAUGGUUGUCCGUACAGGCAUGAAAAGCCUGUGCAAAAUGAAUUAUCAAAGCAAAACAUACCAGAUCGUUACCACGGACGCAAUGAUCCCGUUGCGAAGAAAAUUCUAUCAACUCAUGCAGCCAGCAUGGGAUUACAACCUCCCGAAGACCAGAACAUCACGUCCCUUUUCCUCACGUCACUGUCACCGACAUCAACAGAAGAGACUGUUCGUACAAGAGUCCUCAAGUCUCUUCCCUCAGUACAGCCUUCUCAGCUCAAGUCAGUGGUGCACGUAGCAAAGACACGAUGCGCAUUCGUUAACUGGAAAGAUCGAGCCACUGCAGAGCUCGCUGCGCAGGCUUGGGCUAAUGGUCUCGAAAUUGACAACGAGAUGGUUGGCGUCCGUUGGGGAAGAAGCAAGAGUGCGUCGGGCAAGGCACCUGCUGCAGGCCCAUCCUCUGUGGUUGCAUAG